AGUUUUCGCGUUGCGUUCGGGGCAUGGCAUUCUCGCAGGGAAAGCUGCUCAGCCCGCGCAGUGCGCAAGGCCCGCCAAGCUCGAGCGGCAACUUGGGCAGCUGGCUGGCUGCCGAGCUGCGCGCUGAGCGCCAGGCUAUUGCUGAGCUGCUGGUCGUGCGCCACGACGCACUGCUCAAUUCGCUGCAGCAGGCGAAGUUGCCGGACCCGCCGACCAUCCUGGAAACGCCCAAGUGUGUGAGUCCCUUUCGUGCAAGCGGCCGGAGUGACAAAGGUCCGAGCCAGCCCCAAGCUGAAGGAAUCUUGCAAGCCUGUUUUCUUGCAUCCGAUGACGGAGAAGAAGAAACAGGCAUUUCCUUCUCAGCGCCUGGCGUCUCUGAGGAAGGUGGCGGUGGCAAUGCUAGCAAUGCUGCUGGUGCAGAUCCUACUAACAGCCAAGGAGUCCUAUCGAAGAGCACAUCUUUUCAGUCGAAGGGCAGGUCUCCCCGCGCUGCAUCGCACAGGUCUCUGGUUUAUGGAGACCGACACCCAGACCAGGGGCUCUUCCACUGCGACUUCUCUUCGUGCCACGCCUUCGUCAAAGGCCCCUGCUUUGAGACCUUCUUCGCCAUCCUCAUUUUGGUCAACACAGUUUUCAUGGCCCUGGAAUAUCAGUUCAACGGGCUUCGUGUUGGCCUAGAGAUGGAAUACCCAGACGUCUUUGACAUGGGCUCGCUGUGGCCAUGGGCACCCGAGGCUUUCCAGGCGUCAGAGUGGGUCUUCGGGCUGGCUUUCACAUUCGAGCUAGUUCUGAAGCUGAUCGGCCUUCGCUGCAGUUUCUUUCAGGAUAUGUGGAACUACCUCGAUGUCCUCAUCGUGAUGUUUUGGAUUCUUGAUGUGCUGCCACUGGACCCGAUGCUUUUGCGUGUGAUGAGGUUGGCGAAGCUGCUGCGCUUGAUCAAGCUGGCAAAGUCCAUCAAGUCAUUUGACUCGCUGUAUUUGUUGACGGCCUCCAUAGCCAGCAGUGCUUCUGCGCUGGUUUGGUCGGGCAUCCUCAUCUGCAUCGUGCAGCUGCUGGUGGCGCUGGUGCUCAGCACCUUUCUGCUGCCAUACUGCGUGGAUGAGUCCUUUCCGCUGGAUGACCGAUUGGAAGUGUACCGCUACUUUGGCACCUUCUCCAAAUCCAUGCUGUCGAUGUUCGAGCUCACGCUUGGCAACUGGGUGCCCAUCUCGCGCAUUCUCUCAGAGAAGGUCAGCGAGUGGUUCACGAUUUUCACCCUGGCAUUUCAGAUCGUUCUGGGCUUCGCUGUCAUCAAGGUCAUCACGGGCGUCUUCCUUACGGAAACUAUGAAGGUGGCUUCUAUGGACGAUAGCAUCAUGCUCAAGACCAAAGAGCGCGCCGUGCGACUUCACAAAGACAAGAUGCGGCGCCUGUUUGAGCAUGCAGACCUGGAUGCCAGUGGUAGCAUUGACUGCGUGGAGUUUCAUCAAUUGCUCUGCGACAAAGAGGUUCGAGCCUGGCUCGCCUCAAUGGAGCUCGAGAUCUUCUCGGACAACGAUGGGGAUGCCCUCUUUUCCAUGAUCGACGACGGUGAUGGCGUCAUCACGCUUGACGAGCUCAUUAAGGGAGUAGCCAGGUUGAAGGGCCAGGCACGCGGCGUGGAUUUGGCUUUGGUGAGGGCCUGCAUCACAGAACUCAGCCAGGACAUCAUGAAGAUGCAGCAGAAAAUGAAGAGACGCCCCGACAUCUUCAUAGAACUUGGCGAUGAGGAGAGCGGUGAUCACGUGCCGAAGGAGCGCUUUGGAGAGCCUCAGCCACCCGCACUUUGAGGCGCUGCUAUGGCUGCUUCGAAUCGCGGCAACUUGGCGAGGGGACUGAAGCUGGCGCACAACAGCAGCGGUUGUAUGUGCGUGAUCUCCUGGCAAAAAGGAUUUUCCUGAGCAUGUUCUGUGCCGAAAGGCGUACUGUGCUGUACUGCGC